AUGGCAUUCAAGUACGUCCUGUUGUCCUUCUGCGCUCUGAUGGGUGCGACCAGCGCCGGUUUCGUGGCUCCAGCCACCACCUAUGCCGCAGUUCCUGUGGUGGCCAAGCUGGCCCAGCCCCACUACGAUGCCGUGGGCACCACCCAGCAGAACGUGGUCCGCUCCUUCGGCGGCACCGUCUCCACCUACUCUAAGAACGUGGUCACCCCCUACUCGAGCGUGAGCAAAGUGGACUCCCGCAUCACCAACAACGUCUACACCCCCAAGACCCUGUACUCUGCCCCCGCUCCAGUAAUCACCAAGUCCAUCUAUGCCGCUGCUCCUGCUCCAGUCUAUGCCCCAGCUCCAGUCUAUGCCAAGACAGUGUACUCUGCUCCCGCCCCAGUUCUGGCCAAGACCGUGUACUCUGCGCCCGCCCCAGUUCUGGCCAAGACCGUGUACUCCGCUCCUGCUCCAGUGUACGCUCCAGCUCCCGUCGUGACCAAAGCUGUCUAUGCUGCUCCAGCUCCGGUGUAUGCCGCCCCUGCCCCCGUCUACGCCAAGACCUACGCCGCCGCAGCGCCCACUGCCUUCGUCAAGUACUCGCCCGCCGCUGUGGUCUCCCACGCCAGCUUCGAUGGCUUUGGCUCCCACUGGGGAUACUAA